AGCUCGACAGUCGGGGGGGUUAACUAGGGUUUCAUUAUCUCAUUAUCGCAUCGUCUUCCUAUCGAACCGCAACUAUGACCGCUCAAACUCAAGAAGAACUCCUGGCUGCCCAUCUCGAACAAGAAAAGCUCAACCCUGAUGAGCCCGUGCUUGAGGAUGAUGAUGAUGAGGAUGACGAUGAGGAGGAUGACGAUGAUGACAAGGAUGAAGAGGAUGCUGAAGGGAAAGGGGAUGGAAGUGGUCGAUCCAAGCAGAGCAGGAGUGAAAAGAAGUCUCGCAAGGCAAUGUUGAAACUUGGAAUGAAGCCAAUUCCAGGAGUCAGUCGUGUAACCGUAAAGAAAAGCAAAAAUAUUCUGUUUGUUAUAUCAAAACCAGAUGUUUUCAAGAGCCCAACAUCAGAGACGUACAUUGUUUUUGGGGAAGCGAAGAUCGAAGAUCUAAGUUCGCAACUGCAGACUCAGGCUGCAGAGCAGUUCAAAGCUCCUCCUGCCAAUUUGGCUAAUGUGGUUUCAAAGCCCGAGUCAUCGACCAUGGCACAAGAUGACGAAGAAGUAGAUGAGACUGGUGUGGAGCCAAAGGACAUCGAGUUGGUCAUGACACAAGCUGGGGUGUCAAGAUCAAGGGCCGUGAAAGCACUCAAAGCUGCAGAUGGUGACAUUGUUUCAGCCAUCAUGGAACUAACAAAUUGAUUGUCACUUCGUUGAAUAUGUUCUGCUGGGUAGUCAUUUAAGGAUGGUUUCUUUUUGGCGUUGUUACUCUUGGAUGAUUGGGGUUGCAGAUUUUGAAUAUUUAUUAUUAAUCUGUGUUUUCUAGUUCUCUUUUACUUCUGUAUCAACAUGAAUCAGUGUUGGAUGAGCACUUGUGCUAUAUUUUAUUCUUGGAAGCAAUAUUUUAAACCCAA